AUGUCGUCGUUGAGCCGAGAGCUUGUGUUUCUGAUACUUCAAUUUCUCGAGGAAGAGAAAUUCAAGGAGUCUGUUCACAGGCUGGAGAAAGAGUCAGGAUUCUUCUUCAACACAAAGUAUUUCGACGAGAAAUUUCUUGCUGGAGAGUGGGAUGAAGUUGAGAAGUAUUUGUCUGGGUUUACUAAAGUUGAUGAUAACAGAUACUCCAUGAAGAUUUUCUUUGAGAUUAGGAAGCAGAAGUAUCUCGAGGCUCUUGAUAGGAAAGAUAAGGCCAAAGCAGUUGAGAUAUUGGUGCAGGACUUGAGAGUCUUCUCCACUUUCAACGAGGAUCUAUACAAAGAGAUUACUCAGCUUUUAACUUUACAGAACUUCAGGGAAAAUGAUCAGCUUUCCAAAUACGGAGACACAAAAACAGCUCGAACCGUAAUGCUAGCAGAAGUAAAGAAACUAAUCGAAGCAAAUCCUCUUUUUCGUGACAAAUUGACGUUCCCUACAUUAAGAUCUUCGAGACUGCGGACUCUCAUUAAUCAAAGGUGUGUUUCUUUUUCUAUUUUUCUCCUCACGAUCAAUAGAAUAUGUUGCUGGAUCAUAGUGCACGUUUUCUCUUGCAGUCUUAAUUGGCAGCACCAACUGUGCAAAAAUCCUAGGCCAAACCCCGAUAUUAAAACUCUAUUCAUAGACCACACAUGCGCAGUUCCGAAUGGUCCUCUGGCACCUUCAUCAGUCAACCAGCCUGUUACAACUUUGACAAAGCCAACAGCUUUUCCAUCGCUUGGAGCUCAUGGUCCCUUUCCUCCUGGUGCGGCUGUUGCUGCUGCUAAUGCUGGCGCUUUAGCUAGUUGGAUGGCUGCUGCCUCUGGUGCUUCUGCUGUCCAAGCUGUCGUUGUCACACCUGCGCCUAUGCCUCUACCUCAAAAUCAAGUGGCAAUCUUGAAGCGACCAAGAACACCACCAGCAACUCCAGCUAUAGUAGAUUAUCAGAAUCCAGAUCAUGAACUAAUGAAGCGUCUCCGCCCUGCCCCAUCUGUAGAGGAGGUGACAUAUCCUGCUCCUAGGCAACAAGCUCCAUGGUCGCCGGAAGACUUGCCAUUAAAGGUGGCUCUAGCGUUGCAUCAAGGGUCCACUGUGACAAGCAUGGAGUUUCACCCUACGCAAAAUACGUUACUUCUUGUUGGAUCUGCAACGGGAGAAAUCACAUUGUGGGAACUCGCUGUUCGGGAGAAGCUAGUUUCAAAGCCAUUCAAAGUAUGGGAUAUGACUAACUCCACAGUUCAGGGUUUGAUAGCUAAGGAACCACCAAUUUCUGUCACCCGUGUUGCAUGGAGCCCAGAUGGAAAUUUCAUAGGGGUUGCCUAUUCCAAACAUCUUAUUCAUUUGUAUGCUUUCUCUGGACCUAACGAUCUUCGCGAGCAUGCUGAGAUCGAUGCCCAUGUGGGUGCUGUGAACGACUUGGCUUUCGCUAUUCCGAACAGACAGCUAUGUGUAGUUACUUGCGGAGAUGAUAAACUAAUCAAGGUAUGGGAUAUUCAAGGUCGAAAGCAUUUUACCUUUGAAGGUCAUGAUGCUCCUGUUUAUUCCAUUUGCCCUCAUCACAAAGAGAACAUUCAGUUUAUAUUUUCAACGGCCAUAGAUGGGAAGAUAAAGGCCUGGCUUUAUGACAAUAUGGGUUCCAGAGUUGACUAUGAUGCUCCCGGUAAAUGGUGUACUACGAUGCUUUACAGCGCUGAUGGGUUUAGAUUGUUUUCUUGUGGAACGAGUAAAGAUGGUGAUUUUUUCCUAGUUGAGUGGAAUGAAAGUGAAGGAUCAAUUAAAAGGACCUAUCUUGGGUUUCAUAAAAAGUUGGCGGGUAUGGUUCAGUUUGAUACCUCAAAGAACCACUUUCUGGCUGUUGGUGAAGAUGGACAAAUCAAGUUCUGA